CCCGCCCCUCACAUGACCGCUAGCGAGGUUUUUGUCGCGCCCGCUCGCCCCGGCCGCUCGCCGUGCCCCGGUGUCCCCGCCGCCGCCGGCAGCAGCAGCAGCACCGCCGCCGCCAUGGGCCCGCGCCGCUCCGCCGCCUCCUCCCGCGGCCGCCUCCUCCUGCCGCUGCUGCUGCUCGGCGUCUCUGGUUUUUUCCAGUCCUAUGCAGUUGAAGUAGAUAUAAAGGAUGCUUCCAAUGCUACAUGCCUGUAUGCAAAUUGGAUGAUGAGGUUCUUGAUAACAUAUGAAUCAAACAAUGGUGAUUAUAAAACCACAACCAUGAAUUUGUCAUCCAGUGCGACACACAAUGGAAGCGUCUGUGGCAAUGACACACAGGCUGCCCUUGUGGCAGUGCAGUUUGGAGAAGGUCAUUCUUGGAGCAUUAACAUCACAAAAAACAAUGAAACUUACCAGGGAGACUUCAUGACACUGACCUACAACACCAAUGACACAGCUGUAUUUCCUGAUGCUAAGAGAAAAGGACCAGUUACUAUUUUUAUGAAGGAUCCUGCAGGUCCAGUUCAGCUGAACACUGUCUUCGUGUGUCACAAUUCCUUCGUUAUUGAAGCAGAAAAUAUAACGCAGAUUUUCUGGAAUGUUACUGUGCAGGCUUUUGUUCAGAAUGGCACAGUCAGUAAAAAAGAGACUAGAUGUCCUGCUGAUAGACCUACUUCUGCACCUACUGUUCCACCUACUAGUGCCAAUGCAACUACUGCACCUACCACUGCUGCACCUCCUGCUCCAACUCCUCCCAAGCCUGUGGAGAAUCCAGACACAGGAAACUAUUCUCUUAAAAGUGGAAAUAAAACGUGUUUCCUGGCAUCUGUGGGGCUGCAACUGAAUGUUUCCCAAGACAAGCCUCUUCUGAUCAACAUCAAUCCAAAUACAACUGUCGCAGAUGGUGCCUGUGGUAACACAACAGCCACUCUGAAAUUGAAUGAUGGAAAUAGCACACUGAUUGGUUUCACAUUUGCUGUUAAAAAUGCGAGUGCAAGUGUACAGAAAUUUUAUCUGAGAGAGGUGAAUGUUACUCUGCUCAACCGUCUGAAUGGUUCUGUCAUUUCAAGUGCAGAUAACAACAACUUAAGCAAGUGGGAUGCUUUCCUUGGUAGCUCUUACAUGUGCCGAAAAGAGCAAACCCUUCAGAUUAAUGAAAAUGUUCAAGUUCAUACUUUUAAUCUCAGGAUUCAGCCAUUCCUUGUGGAGGCAAAUAAGUUUGCUACAGCUGAAGAAUGCCUUGCUGAUUCUGACCUGAACUUUCUUAUUCCCAUCGCAGUGGGCGUGGCACUUGGAUUCCUUAUCAUUCUUGUCUUUAUCUCUUACAUCAUUGGAAGAAGAAAAAGUCGUACUGGCUAUCAGUCUGUAUAAUCUCUUCAUUCCAUCUCUGUUGCCCACCUUCCCUGUUCUUUUCCCUUUCCCAGACUUCCUGGCCUGCUCCUUAAAAAAAAAAAGAAACAAAUUAAUUCAAGGUUUCUUUGUUUAAAAAAGUUCAAGUCACUUCAUGGCAGAAUAACAAUAACAAUAACUUCAUGAUAGAAUAACAUGCCAUGAAUCUGAAGAUGCAUUGCAAAAGCUACUGUAUGACUUUGGAGAAAGUAAGUGUUCUGAGGACCAGAGAAUUGAACAGAGUUGGUGUGUCCCUGUGGGAAAUGUGAUUAUUUUUAGUAAAGAAGACAUCUACAAA